AUGCAUGAUACACAGGAAAGCCAAUCGCGGGGUAUCUUGAUAGUAAUUGAGGGACUUGACCGGUCCGGGAAAUCCAGCCAGUGUCAAAAACUACAUGACCACCUUGUCGGGAAUGGAGGACAAGCUCGAUAUGUUAAGUUUCCAGACCGCACCACGCCGACCGGCAAGAUGAUCAAUAGCUACCUGACCGGCUCUGUGGAACAAGACGAUCACUCGAUCCACCUCCUGUUCUCAGCAAAUCGCUGGGAGGCCAUAAAGGGCAUCGGGCGAGACAUCAGCAACGGUAUCAACGUAAUUAUCGACCGAUAUUCGUUCUCUGGCGCUGUCUACUCUGCCGCCAAGGGCAACCCCGAGUUAUCUCUGGACUGGGCGUGGUACCCUGAAAUUGGAUUGCUGAAGCCCGAUCUCCUGCUGUUCUUGGAUAUCUCGCCUGAGGAGGCUGCGAAGCGGGGCAACUACGGCGACGAGAGGUACGAGACGGAGAAGAUGCAAGCUCGUGUUCGGACGCUGUUUAAGGAGCUGUUCGCCAGGAUUGACGAUCUCGAUGUCUGGCUGGUUGAUGCUGGUCGGGCCAUCGAUGUGGUCAGUCAGGAUAUCUUCGCGGCGAUUGCGAAGGUGUCCAGCGAUGGUCCGCUAACUGAGAGUUUGGGAAAACUUGGUCCACUACUGAGUUCGACUACGACUUAG